AUGGCUCCGGGAUCUUCUACCGGAGCCCAAUCUGGGCCGGGCAGCAGAAAGCGAAAGGCCGACACACCGGCAUCGAAUGGCCGUAGGGAGAAGCGCUCCGUGGUUCAUUCUGCGCGCGGCAUCCCUGCGCAGCCCGCUGAAGCUGCACUGAAAGAUGGCGAACUUGAUCUCCAGGCUUUUGUGGCCGCCCACGAGUUCGAGAUUCGCGCUCUUGAGCAGAGCAUGGCCACAUCGAAAGCUGUUGCUAGCAGCCGCGCCUUUCAGAAGGUACCCAGAGGCUUACGCCGCCGCACAGCGAGUCACAACCCCAAACGGGUACCGCGCCGACUAAGAAAACGUGCGCUUAAAGAGAUGAAAGACGACAACACUCCGGUUGUCGAAGCUAGAAGGAGGAAGCCUAGAACAACGCGAGCGAAAAUAAGAUCCGAAACAGCACGAAAAUUAGGAAUAUUGGCAGCGAGGAAACGCAAGGCUAGUCUAGCGAGGGCGAAGCAGGACGGAGAUGUCAGUAAAGACAAAGCAUUAGCUGUAACAGGAAGACCACCGAGACCAAAACUUCGACGAAACGAACUCAACGAACCUCCAAAGCCAAAGUCCAAGUUCCGCAAGCGUCAACUGAACAAAACAUGGCUACCAACACACUCAUGGCAUGCGAAAAGAGCACGCAUGACUGAUCCGUUGGAACCUUUAUGGCGGUUCGCUAUCCCAUUGACACCAAACGAAAAGAUAUACCGACCUACACAUCGAGCUCAAGGCGACAGAGGUGCAGUUGUAUGGGAGAUGAGUUACAUGAGCACAAUUGGCCUUUACGGCAAACGCGCUGGCAUAGAACGUGUGUUGAAGCGGAUAGGGGUUGUUCAGGAUUCAUGUUGGAACGACAAGGGAAAGAAGUGGAGGAUCGGAACCCGCUCAUGGACCGGUGUUCUAACUCGGGCAAUUCAUACGGGACAGCAGAACCAAGUCAACCGAAAGAUGAUCGGGCCAUGCACCAUCUUAUGGAACCCCGAACCACCGACACAAGAAGACAACCAGGAGCUUAAACAAGAAUCGAGACAGGUUUUCUUGAGGAUCCACCCAUCAGCCUUCCUCGAGCUGUUUAACGAGUUACUAUCUUUAAUAAAGCAGGAAACCCCUCGGCUUUACAUCGAAGAUCUCCGAUUUGAGAUUGGAAGCUUAGACUUGACAGGCCCGGGAUCUACAGAAGCUCUGCUAGCUAUAUUACGCACUUAUCCCGUAAAGGACAAGACGAAAACAGAUCAUACUGAGCUUUUUCAAGGACUGACCGGUUUGACCAAUGCAGCCACUCUCCCUGCUGGCGCGGUGUUGGGGUUCUCGGUGCAGGAUCCCCGUCUUCAAUACCCUCCAAGGCGCCUGGAGGUUCCCGAAGACCCAGAGUCACAACUUCAACUCCUGGAAAGGAUAGCGUCGUGGUCGGCCGAGGAGAAUUUGAACCCGUAUGCCUUAUUCGAUCGCGACACUCGCCAUGCCGCGUCCUGCUUCCCUUCACAGAAACAAAUCGAUAGACGAAGAGCGAAAAAUGUUCCCGGAACCACCUUGAAACUCACAGCAGAUGAUGCCCCAAUCCCGAUCAUCCUUUUGGCUUCCCGCACGGAUAGAGGCACACAGAAACAAGGUACAUGGACUCUGCUUGCACCAUGGAAAUGUAUACAGCAUCUCUGGUACUGCUUGGUGCAUUAUCCCCUUUCUUCAGGGGGUAACCCACGAUUCGCAGGUUUGAACGAGAUCCGCCAGGUCGCCUUCGAACGAGGCCAGACUUGGUUCCCUGGGGAUUUUCCCGGAACCAAGGCUGGUGCUGCAUGGGAACUCGAGGAGCGUCGAAAAAGAAGAGCGGCUUGGGAGAAGCGGCCAAAGAGCAAGAGAACCGCAUGGGAAUCACUUGAUCUGGGCGGUGGGAGAAAGGGUGAGAUUGGUGAUGGCUUCGCUAGCGAUUUUGAGCUAUUGUUCGACACUGGAGAUUCACAAACUAGCGAAGAGAACCAUGCUGAGGGCGCGAUGGAUGUGGACCAGGACGAAAAUCCAGCUUCAACACAAGUAUCGAAGCAACAAGAGCCACGCAUUUACCAGCUACAUCAAAUCACGAAAGAUGUUUUUAACCAAGCCGUCACUUCUCCAUCUACCCCCUCAACAACACCGACAAACGCUCUUCUUGGCGUCCGUAUAUCUCUAAUCUCUAGGGGCGUUGUCACAUCCUGUGCUCGCAUCUACCGCCUCCCAUCUCGUCCUACCACAGCUCCACAGUCCUCUGAAGCCGAAGUCCCUGCUACUAUUCCCCCGGGUUCAUUAUCUUCACCCUACUCGCUUCCCUACGACCUUCGGUUCCAAUGGCUUUCUCAAGCUAGGCCGUCUCUGCUUACAAAGAACAAAACAUCCAGAACCUCGACGCCCCGCGACUUGGAAUUUUUGAAGCGUCAACUUGCCGCUGAACUCAUCUCUAAACCAGCGCCCUACCCUUUCACGCCGGCUAAUGAAUCCGACAUGAACGGCCAUCCUCUUGUUCCUAAUGCCGAAGAUCUCGUUGGCUUCGUCACCACCGGAUCAUUUAGUCUGAGCGAGGGUCACGGGAUGGCCAUGGGUUCGAUCGCGAUAGACAAGAUUUUAGACGAUGUCAAGGAAAACGCAAAGGAAGGACGAUAUUGUAUCAUUAGAAACGCGGGCGAGAGCGUCGGGUGGCUUGCAAAAUGGGAGGCUGUCUGA